GUUCGGAACUUUACGCCUUUCGCUAUGACUCGAGGGCCUAAAAAGCAUUUAAAAAGACUAAAUGCACCCAGUCACUGGAUGCUGGACAAGUUGUCUGGCGUUUGGGCCCCGAAACCUUCAGCUGGUCCUCAUAAAAGUCGCGAAUGCAUUCCCCUUAUUAUUUUCAUCCGGAACCGCCUGAAAUACGCCUUAACUGGAAAUGAAGUGAAACUCAUAUUACAUCAGCGGCUCGUCAAAGUUGACGGGCGCGUUCGAACUGAUGUAAACUUCCCUGCUGGAUUUCAAGAUGUUAUUACUAUAGAAAAAACAGGCGAGUUUUUCCGUCUUAUCUACGACGUGAAAGGUCGCUUUGGUAUACACCGUAUCUCACCAGAAGAGGCUACUUAUAAGCUGUGCAAAGUAAAAAAAGUUGCUGUGGGUCCGAAAGCGGUGCCCUACCUCGUGACUCAUGACGGUCGGACAAUCCGCUACUGCGAUCCUUUAGCUAAAGUCAACGACACCAUCAAGCUAGACAUCGCCACCAGCGCCAUUUUGGACAUUGCCAAGUUUGAGGUGGGGAACGUUGCGAUGUGCACGCUGGGCCACAAUGUCGGGCGUGUGGGGGUCAUCGUGCACCGCGAUAAGCACAAUGGUGGGUUUGACAUAGUCCAUCUGAAGGACAAAGCCGGUAAUAAGUUUGCCACGCGGAUUGCCAACGUGUUUGUUAUUGGUAGCGGUGAAGAGCCCUGGAUCACUCUUCCCAAAGAGAAAGGCAUCAAAAAAUCUAUUAUUGAAGAGCGCGAGUGUCGUUUAGGUUUUAGAUAGUGACUGCUUGUCU